CUUUUACCAAACCUAACUUUAAAAAAAGAGAAUGAUUUUUUCUCAAAAUUAUCGACUUUAUGCCAAGGCAAAGCACUGAACAAUGAAUUUUAAAACUUGCUUCCAAGUUACGAAAACGAAAAAUAAGAGAAGUGAACGCAUGAGCUUAUUUUUAGUUUCCAGUAGAGAUCAAUUCUUAUAGAUAUUGAAUGCCUCUACGAAUUUUCUGCUGUAUCAAUUCUCUUUGAAACUUCUUCAUCAUGUCAAACGUCGUCAUUACCUGUGCUGUCAAGCUCUACAGCGAGGCGAGCUAUCGACUCACCUCCAAUAAGCUCAGAUUGAGUGGGGUGAUUCGUGGAUCGGUUGGCCAUGCGUCACUCACGGCAUACACGAACAAUAUACAGAUCAUCAAGAUGUUUAUGGACUAUGCAAAGCUGAACACAGUUUGGAUCGUUAGAGGCGAGGCUACCCUUGGUGCCUAUGUGAAUGAGAAUGAUCGGGCAAAGAUCCAUAUUACCAUGAUCAUCGAUUUUAUCCGCGAAGGGUUCCCGAUGUCAACGGAAGGCACCAUAUCAUUACCAGUGAGCACCAACAGUGCCGAAGCUCUUUUCUUCUCCCGGGAAGCCCCGCAUACGGCCGAGAUGGAACUGCGCAUCCUCCAGCAUCUCCAGACUCUCCCGAAGGAGAAGGUGACAUACAGUGGGGGGGCAAAAGCCCAGAUGAUUCCGUCGCGGCUUGAGGAGAUUGUAUUCCACAAUCGGGAACUGGCGCAUUUGGUCCUUCGUCAAUCGUCACCAUUGCAGCCUAGAACUGAUCUCAAGCCCCAAGCGAUGGAGGGUAUCGAAGGUUUUGCGUUGUUUAAUUUGGAGGAGACCUCGAGCGAAUUGUCUCGGGGCUCCAGGCAAGCCGACAGUGACAAUGACGAUGACAGCGGUGAAAAUGGCCACAAUUGGGGAUCCCGAAUUCUUCGGGAGCAUGUCCGCUUUUCAUCAUCCACGAUGAGUGAAGGAAGUGAGUCAUUCUCGGGGAAACGACUUCUAGACGGAGAAGUUUCGUACAAAGAUAAUGCGGGCGAAGGGCCAUCAAACGGCAAGCGGUCGUCGACCCAUUAAUGUGCUUUUUUUUUAAUUUUUGUAUGCCCCUCCUACAAUGUUUC